AACAAAGCCAGAGCGGGAACGAACACACACACACAAGAGAACUCCUCUUCUCUUCUUUUGUGCAUAAAUAUAAAGCUCUCUCUUUAACCUCUUUGCUCACACAACAAGCAAAGCAUUUUAGCAUUCAACACCUUAUUAACCCGCUUUUCUAGAGAUCCGUCCUUAUAACUCCUUGGUUCCAACCCUUUCAUUCCAUUCCGUUAAAGCUUCUUCCUUAUUUCAAUAUGUCUCCACCAAUUGAGUCCCCAGCCAAGGUUGCCAUAACUCAGCAUUCUAAAACUCCACCACUUAAUGAGAGGAUCAUUUCAUCCAUGACAAGGAGAUCCGUUGCUGCACACCCUUGGCAUGAUCUUGAAAUAGGACCUGAAGCUCCAAAGAUCUUUAAUUGUGUGGUUGAAAUUGGAAAAGGAAGCAAGGUGAAAUAUGAACUUGACAAGAAAACUGGGCUUAUCAAGGUUGAUCGUGUCCUUUACUCAUCAGUUGUAUAUCCUCACAACUACGGGUUUAUCCCACGUACCAUUUGCGAGGAUAGUGACCCCAUGGACGUCUUGGUUAUUAUGCAGGAGCCAGUUCUUCCCGGUUGCUUCCUUAGGGCCAAAGCUAUUGGACUCAUGCCUAUGAUUGAUCAGGGUGAGAAAGAUGACAAGAUCAUCGCCGUGUGCGCCGAUGAUCCCGAAUAUCGCCAUUAUAAUGACAUCAAGGAGCUUCCACCACAUCGUCUGGCUGAAAUCCGUCGCUUUUUCGAAGACUACAAGAAGAAUGAGAACAAGGAAGUUGCGGUAAACGACUUUCUUCCUGCCACAACUGCUUAUGAAGCAAUCAAGCACUCCAUGACCCUUUAUGCGGACUACAUUGUGGAGAGCUUGAGGCGGUAGUGUUGAUGCGUGGGAAUUUCUUUAAUCGUGAAGAAUUGAAGACAUACUUAUGAUGAUUAAAGGAUGCAAGUUUUUACGAAUAUACUAUAUAUUAUGACGAAAAAGAAAAGGCUAUAUAUACAUGCAUAUUAUUUUAUUA